UGGCUAACAUCAUGCAGGAACUUAACUUAUUACCAUCUAAGCUUUUACAAACACAAAGUGGCCAACAUGUUUCUAAUUUGUAUAAACAAAGUAAGAAGAGGGCACUUAUGGGCAUUUUGUCCAUUUUUGCUUUUAUGGGCAUUUUGUCCAUUUCACUUAAUUAACCCUAAUUCUCUUAUAGGCUUCUGCGAACUUCUCCAAUUUGAAGGGAUCAACCCCAGCACCUCUGUCCUCCAAAAAUUUAAAAGCCAACUACGCUCAAUUCUCAGACGACACAAUACCGUCGUUGAAACAAUGGCUGAAGCUUUAAUUGAAUUAAAACAAAGCAGAGGUAUUGACUUCUCCUGUGAGCAGAAUAUACAAUAUUUCCUCGAUCGUUUCUACCUCAAUCGAAUAUCCAUUCGAAUGCUUCAAAACCAACACUUGGCCAUUUUUGGUGAAGGCCAAAGACCUGUUGAUCCGGCUGGGCAUGUUGGACAUAUAGACCCUAAUUGCUGUGUUAGAGACAUUCUAAUAGACGCCUAUGAGAACGCCCUUAUUCUUUCUGAACAACACUUUUGUGCUGCCCCUUCAUUAAGCCUGGAAUGCUUCAACUCUAAAAAUCCAGGACAAGAAAUACGAGUUCCUUUAGUGCCUUUACACCUUUAUUAUAUUGUUUUUGAAUUACUGAAGAAUUCAAUGCGUGCAACAAUAGAACACUUUUACCGUGCAAAUAAAGGAAGUAAGAUUAUCAAUGACGAAUUGCCUGCUAUAAGAGCACAGUUGGUCUUGGGCCCAGAAAAUUUGUCUAUUAAGAUAAGUGAUAGAGGUGGUGGCGUUCCAGCAGAAAAGCUCGAUCAUCUAUUUCGUUACUCAUACAGUACAGCACCUAAACCUACAUCUCAGAAAGAUGUUACUCCCUUUGCUGGUUAUGGCUAUGGAUUGCCUAUUUCCCGGCUUUAUGCUCGUUAUUUCCUCGGUGAUCUUUCAUUAAUUUCUAUGGACGGGUAUGGAACUGAUGCAUUGAUCUCUUUAAAGGCAAUACCCUCAGAAGCUUGUGAAUUACUCCCUGUAUUUGGCGCUUCUUCUCGUCGUUUAAUUACAAUGGGGAAUCAAGCACCCGAUUAUUGUUUCCAGACAUUUGGGGGAAAUAAUAAUAAAACAGCAGAAGGAGAAAGGAAAUGGGGAGAAUUGUUAAUUUCUAAAAAAGACGAAAAUAAUAAAGGAAUUAUUGAAAAUUUGAGGGAAAAUAAUACUAGAAGAGCAUUAAUUCAAUAA